AUGAACCCAUUUGAAGAAAUAUAUUCUGCCUUUUCUCAAUCAAAUCCUUCUCUUCUCCCUCAAAAUUUAAUUACUUCCCAAUUUGAGAACUCUAAUUCGUCACGACUUUUGGAUAAUUUUAGUGCUAUUGAUUCAAACAAAAACCAGUGUUGUCCACCUCUUCCCAUGCAAUAUUCACACCAUGGUGGUGAUCAUCAAGCUCACCAUGAGAAUUUCAAUUUGAUGAAUAAGUUUUCUACGCCAAAGCAUCAAAAUCAAGCUCCUACAUUUCUUCCUUUGCAACUUGAUUCUCCAUUGGCACUUAAAAAUUCAUUACUAGAAGUUCCUUACCUUAAUGUCCAGCUUAAAGACUCUCAGAUUAUACCAUCUUUGCCAAUGGAGUGUGACAACAAUGGACUUAAUGAUAAUACUUUUGAAGGGAACCAAAUUAGCGAUAAUGGCAUUGAUGAAACAAAUGAAUGCGAUGAAGAAGAAAGCAAUGCUGAAGCACAAAGUAAAGGACGGUGCAAAAAGACUAAAAGCACAUUUGGUGAGAGGAGUUCUAUGUAUCGUGGAGUUAUUUACGUAGGUGGAUUUGAACGAGAAGAGGAUGCUGCAAGAGCUUAUGAUCUAGCUGCACUUAAGUUUUGGGGACGGUCAGCUCCAUUAAAUUUUCCUCUGAGUGACUAUGCCAAGGAAUGGGAGGAAAUGCAGAAUGUGACCAAAAAAGAAUAUUUAUUGGCUAUCAGGAGGUAA